UGCCGUGAGAGAGCCGCUCCUCAUCAUGGGCAAUCAGGACGGGAAGCCGAGGCGCUCCGACGGUGCAGCGCACGAGAACACGGCUCACAACGGCACAAAGAAAGGGAAGAAGAAAAACAGAUCCGACAGAUCCUCAGUGUUCCCUCACAUACGCAAACGCAAGAGCCAGAGCAAGACUAAAAGCUUCCUGAGCGGAUCCAGAGAGGAGGAUGCAUCGCUGGAUGAGCUGGACAGCGCUCCGUCACUGUGUAAUAAGACGCCUGAUCUCUCCGGGGAUGAGCUGGGACAUUCGGACACCGAGCCCGAGCAUCCUCGCCCCCAGGAGGAGGAGGAGGAGAAGAAGAAGAAGAAGGUGACGAGCUCCGGAUCCGACACGGACAUGUACAGCCUCCCCUCGGCCGCAGAGCAGGAGGAUUUACUGGCUGACAUCCAGCAGGCCAUCCGUCUGAAGCAGGGCGUGAUGCUCGGCUCCGUCCAGAUCCCCUGGCACCGUGAUCAAACCGGACACACCCCCGACUCAGAGCCGCUCACCGAGCUACAAGCCAUUCCCAGAGAGGAAACAAACGGGAUUGUGAACGGGAUCUCAGAGGAGUCUCCGGGAGCUGUGGAGACGGUCACAGAGGAGUCCGAGGGCCCUGUGUCUCCAGCUGUGGCUCCUACAGACACACACCUGGAAGAAGAAGAGCCAUCUCCUCCGUCUGACCUCAGGUCCACAGGCUCGCUGGAGUGUGUCACCGUCAUCGAGGAGCUCGUCCAGAGGCGCAAGAGCAGCGUUUCCUUCGCUCCGGAGAGUCCUCUGGCCACACGGCUGCUGAAGUCUGCGGUCAAGCCCUAUCCGUCCAUCAGCACGUCCUACAUCAAGACCACCACACGCCAGCUGAGCUCGCCCUCCCCCUCGCCGUCCAACAGCCCACUGUCCACCCGCCGCGGACCGGAGAGGGCAGAGAGGAGUUGUGUCCAGCGCCAGCGCUCCAUCAGCACCACCAGCUCCACCCGCCGCUCCAUCAGCCGCUCCGCAGACUGGACUGAGGAGCUCCGGACCAAUCACAGCUCCACAUGCAGCUUCCAGCCGGUGUUCACAGGCCGGACUCUGUUGGAGCGCUUCUCCCAGCAGCAGGACUCUGGAGAGCCGGAGGAGGUGGAGAAGGUGUGCUCCAGGAUCCUGGCCUUGGGCCUCCUGCUGCCCUUCAGCGGCUGCUUCAGAGACCCCGACAGCAGCGGACCGAUCGCGCCCGAGUUUGACACCGGUCAGCUGUACACAUGGGCAGCGGUCAGUCAGCCUCCUCCGUCUCUGGAGGGACACCUGAAGAACCUGUGGCCCCAGAACAGACCCGGAGCCCAGGACCGGCCCCAGCCCAAACACACAGAGGACGCGGUCGAGGAGCAGGAGGAGCAUCAGGCCGUCGUUUCAGACCUUAAAAAACAUCAGGAAGAAGAAAUCCAGCAAAUUGAGGAGGAGUCGGUGAUAAAGACUGUGCAUCUGAAGCAGGAGCACGUCUGCGUGAUCGAGCAGCUGGAGCAGACGAUCGAAGACCUGCGCUGUAAGAUCGCGGAGCUGGAGAAACAGCAGCCUCUGCUGGAGCGGGAGGUGCAGACACAAGACCAGGAGUGUGGAGGAGAGGAGCGUCUCCUCCCAGACGUCUGCCAUGUGGACCUGCAGACAGAAAUCACUGCGCUGCUGCCCCUGGAGGCCAAGUCAGUGCAGACGUCUCCUAUGGACGAGAGCUUUAGGUUUAAACUGCCUCCUGUGGAGGCGCAGGCACCGGGGAGGAGUGACUCCUCACUGCCAUCAGGAACUGAGAAUGCUUCUCAAGUGUUUGUGUGCAUGUGCCAGCAUCUGCCAGGCAUUUCAGUGCCUCCACCACCACCACCACCUCCUCCUCUAUCCGGGAUGUGUUCACCUCCUACUCCACCUCCGCUUCCAGGAAUGAGCACUCUUUCAGCACCACCUACUCUUCCAGGCAGUUCAUUUCCUCCUCCUUUACCAGGAAUGGAUGCGCCUCCUCCUGCGCCUCCUUUACCAGGAAUGGAUGCGCCUCCUCCUGCGCCUCCUUUACCAGGAAUGGGUGCGCCUCCUCCUCCACCUCCUUUACCAGGAAUGGGUGCGCCUCCUCCUCCACCUCCUUUACCAGGAAUGGAUGCGCCUCCUCCUCCACCUCCUUUACCAGGAAUUGUUGCGCCUCCACCUCCACCUCCUUUACCAGGAAUGGAUGCGCCUCCUCCUCCACCUCCUUUACCAGGAAUGGGUGCGCCUCCUCCUCCACCUCCUUUACCAGGAAUGGAUGCGCCUCCUCCUCCACCUCCUUUACCAGGAAUGGAUGCGCCUCCUCCUCCACCUCCUUUACCAGGAAUGGAUGCGCCUCCUCCUCCACCUCCUUUACCAGGAAUGGAUGCGCCUCCUCCUCCACCUCCUUUACCAGGAAUGGGUGCGCCUCCUCCUCCACCUCCUUUACCAGGAAUGGAUGCGCCUCCUCCUCCACCUCCUUUACCAGGAAUGGAUGCGCCUCCUCUUCCACCUCCUUUACCAGGAAUUCCGCUUCCUCUCUCAACUGCAGGAUCAGCACCUCCUCCUCCGGGUCCUCCACCCUUGGCUCCUGGUCCUCCUCUGGCCUUCGGUCUGGGUUCUCUGCCUCCUCCGCUCCCGCUGGGUCUGUACACAUUAGGAGCACUGCAGGAGAAACCGCCUCACAAAAGCUUGGUGGAGCCGCCGAGACCCAUGAAACCGCUGUACUGGACCCGGAUACAGCUGCACACCAAAAAGGAAUCUCAUGCUCUCGUGUGGGAGAAGAUCGAAGAGCCACCCGUGGAUUUUGAGGAGUUUGUUGAACUCUUCUCCAAAACUGCAGUGAAAGAGAAGAAGAAGCCCCUUUCGGACACGAUCAGCCGGUCAAAGACCAAGCAGGUGGUGAAGCUGCUGAACACCAAGCGUUCUCAGGCCGUGGGGAUCCUGAUGUCCAGUUUACAUCUCGACAUGAAGGACAUUCAGCACGCGAUCCUGAAUCUGGAUAACACUGUGGUUGAUCUGGAGACGUUACAGGCGCUCUACGAGAACGUAAGCAGAUCCUUCUCUCUGUUCUUCUGCUGCUUUGCUUUUUGA